UUUUAGUAUUAUUACAGGAUUAAAGAAGUAAUUAACCUAAGAUUUAUAAUAAGGGUAAAGUGGUAAAUUCGAAAGUCAGGGUCGUCGAUUAUCCGAUAGAGGAACUAAGUCAUUGCCGUGUUUGACCUCAAAGCCCUUUCUUACAUUUAUAUAACACUUACCUUUAAAUAUUAAUUAAAACAAAAACUCUUAGAUUUCCAUCUUCAUUUCAUUUUCUUCCUCAAAAUUUCUUCGUUAAUACAACUCAGAUGAGAGCCGUUAAUGGACACUCCAGACCUUCCAACGACGCUCUCCACACUAUAAACGCUGCUGCCUCUGCGAUCGCCUCCGCCGAGAAUCGUGUUCCUCAAGCUACGGUUCAGAAGAGAAGAUGGGGGAGCUGCUGGAACGUAUACUGGUGUUUUGGAUACCACAGACACAGGAAGAGAAUUAGUCAUGCAGCCCUUGUUCCUGAAACAUCUGCUCCUGGAAAUGAUUCUUCUGUAGCUGAAAACCCAACCCAAGCACCUCCUAUCACACUUCCCUUUGUUGCACCUCCUUCAUCUCCCGCAUCUUUCCUUCAAUCAGAGCCUCCUUCUGCUUCACAGUCACCGGCUGGUACAAUGUCACACACCUCUAUAUCUGCUAAUAUUUACUCUCCUAGUGGACCUGCCUCCAUUUUUGCUAUAGGUCCUUAUGCCCAUGAAACCCAGUUAGUUUCACCACCUGUAUUCUCAACUUUCACUACUGAACCAUCAACUGCUCCUUUCACUCCACCUCCUGAGUCUGUACACUUGACUACACCUUCCUCGCCUGAGGUACCUUUUGCUCAGCUACUUGAUCCCAGCAUCAGGAGUGGUGAGGCUGGUCUGCAAUUUCCAUUAUCAAACUAUGAAUUUCAGUCUUAUCAAUUUUAUCCUGGAAGUCCAGUUGGCCAGCUGAUUUCACCUAGCUCAGGCAUAUCUGGAUCAGGAACAUCAUCUCCAUUUCCUGAUGGUGAGCUUUCUGCUGGUGGCACUCACCUUCUUGAUUUCCGACUGGCUAACCCUCCAAAACUCUUGAACCUUGAUAAGCUCUCCACCCAUGAAUGGGGAUCCCGCCAAGGUUCAGGAACUUUGACCCCAGAUGCAGCAAGGUCCACAUCUUGCAGCUUUCCUCUGGAUCGUCAAUUUUCUGAUUUCACAUCACAAUCUCAUUCAGACCAUGGAAACCAGAAUGAUGAAGUUGCUGAACGUAGAGUCUCUUUUGAAUUAGCUGUUGAAGAUGUUUUGAGAUGUGCAGAACAGAAGACAUCAUCCCCUGUGGAAGUCAGGCCAGAUUCUAUGGAACAUGGAACAACAGCUGCAAAAGAAAACUCUACUGAAAUAGUAAACAAUUUUGAUUCCCGUGUUGGCGAAACAUCUAAUGAAACAGCAGAGAAAGCUUCGACAGAUGGGGAGAGGGCAGCACAGCAUCAAAAGCAUCGGUCCAUAACUCUUGGCUCUCUUAAAGAAUUCAACUUUGAUAAUGCUGAUGGAGGAGAUUCACACAAGCCUAACACUGGUCCAGACUGGUGGGCCAAUGGAAGUGAAAGUGAUGUUGGGAAAGAAGAUGGUGUCAGCAAGAAUUGGUCCUUUCCAGUGAUGCAGCCAAGUGUGGGUUAGCUAGUAUUUAAUUGCAUCUCCUGGUACUUUCCAGUAGAACUCCACUGGCUGAAACCAAGAACCCCACUUGCUAAAAGCCAAUUGCAGUGAAAUUUUUAGGGUGUUGCGCGAGGAAUCCAAACUGACUCACAAGAGAAGGCUGUUUUUGAGUCCUUCGUGGCCUGAAAACAGGGACAGGUGGUAGUGUUUUGCACUUUUAUUGCUUGCUUAGCAAGAUAGUGUAUUAUAUAUAUCUUUUUAGGCAGAAAGAUGAACUAACAGUGCUUGUUAGAUAUUUUUGUGGUGUCAUCCAUUUCAUAUGUAGUAUAAAUGACGAAUAAAACAGUUUUUUAUUAAUAA